AUGCAUUGCCUGAAAAGUCUGAGGACAGCUAACCCGGGAAUCCUGCAGCUAUUUAAAAAUGCAGGGAUCUCUGCUAGAGUUGGAGCUGACAGCAUGGUUUUGUCCAGGACUCAGCAACCUGUUCUUCUCCCCUGCUGGGCAGCAGCAUCACCCCACACCCACAGAGCCUAUCAUCACCAGCAGGGCCCUGAUGUGGACCAAGGACACACCAAAAGCAGGUUGAUGUCCAGCAUGGAGGACCUGCUUUUCUACACCAUCACUGAUGGCAAAGAGAUGAUCCCUCUCUCCCAGUUCAUCUCUGCUUUAAGAAAAACAGGCUUGUUAACAUCUGACCCUCGGCUACGCGAUUGUGUCCAUCAGAUGCGACAAUCCACACAUGACUCAAUUGGGACAGUCAUGAUGGAUAAGAAGCUUUUCAGAAGGUGUGUGGGCAACAACAUCAUGCUGCUGACUAAGGCUUUCAGAAAAAAAUUUAUCAUCCCAGACUUUGAAAAGUUUGUCAACCAAAUUGAUACGAUGUAUGACAUUGCGCAUCGGCAGGAGGGAGGACAGGUGGCUGACUACAUUCCACAGCUGGCUAAGUUCAGCCCUGACCUGUGGGGUGUAUCUCUGUGCACAAUCGACGGACAGAGACACUCUGUGGGUGACACCAAGGUUCCCUUCUGUCUGCAGUCAUGUGUGAAGCCUCUGGAGUACGCCAUCGCUGUGCACGAGUUUGGCAGUGAGCACGUUCACCAGUUUGUGGGCAAAGAGCCAAGUGGUCUCAAGUUCAACAAACUGUCACUAAAUGAGGAAGAUAAACCACACAACCCCAUGGUGAAUGCUGGAGCUAUUGUCAUCAGUUCUUUAAUUAAGCCUCAUUCAAAUAAGGCUGAGAGGUUUGACUAUGUGAUGGAGUUCUUGAAAAGCAUGACUGGUACAGAGUAUGUGGGCUUCAGCAAUGCAACUUUCCAGUCAGAGAGGGAGACUGGUGACAGGAAUUUUGCCAUUGGGUAUUACCUCAAAGAGAAAAAGUGCUUUCCUGAAAAUGCAGAUAUGAUUGCAGCUCUUGACUUUUACUUUCAGCUGUGCUCCAUAGAGGUAACCUGCGAGUCAGGAAGCGUCAUGGCUGCCACGCUGGCAAAUGGGGGUAUUUGUCCAAUCACAGGCGACCGCGUGCUGAGUGCCGAGGCAGUGCGCAACACCCUAAGUCUCAUGCAUUCGUGCGGCAUGUAUGACUUUUCUGGACAGUUUGCCUUCCAUGUGGGCUUGCCGGCUAAAUCUGGCGUUUCAGGUGCUGUACUGCUGGUGGUCCCCAAUGUCAUGGGUAUGAUGUGUUGGUCCCCAGCAUUAGAUCGUCUGGGAAACAGUGUUCGUGGCAUUCACUUCUGUCAGGAUCUCGUGUCUUACUUUAACUUCCACAAUUACGACAACCUGAGGCAUUUCACUAAGAAACACGACCCGAGAAGACGAUCAGAUGACGAUGAUGAUCCAAACAAGUCAGUGGUAAACCUGAUGUUUGCAGCAUACAAUGGUGACGUCUCUGCUCUAAGAAGGUUUGCCCUUUCAGCUGUGAACAUGGAGCAGAGGGACUACGACUCUCGCACAGUGCUCCACAUCGCUGCUGCAGAAGGUCAAGUGGAAGCUAUAAUCUUUCUAACCGAGAUAUGUAAAGUGAAUCCUCACAUGAAGGACAGAUGGGGGAAUACACCUCUAGAUGACGCCAUGCAGUUUGGCCAUGAAGUUGUUGUUUCGCUCCUGCAAGAGUACCAGCGUGUGUACGAUGACAUUGACUCACUGAGCAACACAGAUGAGCAGAAAGCCGCAUUUGAUACGCUGAAGAGCAUUGUUUAAAUCUACUAGGGAUCAUGAGAGCUUGCAAUGAAAAUUAGUCUUUUUUAUUAUGUAGCUGAGAGGAAUGAAAGAGAAGUGAGAC